UCUUAUCCGUGGUCUUAUCUAUGGUAUUUGAUAUUUUAUAAUAGUUUUUACAUUUUAAAGUGAAAUUAAUAAAAAUAAAUUUGUGUUUGGGUACAUAAAUAGUGGAGUUUUUUCAGUGACCAUUAAAACAUAAUUAACUAACAGAAGCUUCUUCAAAAUGACUUUAAUUCAAAGUGCUGGAGAUCAACCUUCUGAAAUUUCAAGACAGUCACAUUACUCAUUAGAAUCUGCAGUUCAUAAUUUAGAGUGGUCAUUAGUAAAUGAUGGGUCUGCGCCUUCAUUGCUGGAAAAAAUGAAUGUUAAUCAACAAACAGGUCCCACGGCAAGUGGAUUGACUGAACAUGAUUACCCUACAUUAUCAGGACUUUCUCUUUCAUUAAAUAAUUUAACUCAAAUAAGAACACUCAGUAAAGUGCCUUUACCACCAGAAAUAAUGGAGCAUUUUAGUCACAUUCAACAACACUGCAUGAUGGGACUGUUCACUGAAAUAAAUAGGGGUUGGUUAACUAUUGAUAGUGAUAUUUAUGUAUGGUCAUAUGAAGAUGGUUCAGAUGUAGCAUAUUAUGAUGGUAUCAAUGAAACAAUUAUUGGAAUAGGUCUUGUAAAACCCAAAGAUGGAGUUUUUCAUGAUUUUAUAAAAUUCCUUUUGAUUGUUACGACUGCUGUUGACAUAGUUGUUUUGGGCAUUACAUUUACAUCAGGAACAAAUGAUCCAUAUGAAGAAAUACACUUAGUUCCAGACCCUAUAUUUACUGUUCCUUCAGAUGGUUGUUUAAUAACUAUUAUUGAAGGAUCUAAUUUAGGGAGAAUAUUUUUGGGAAGUAAAGAUGGUUGUUUAUAUGAAUUAGUUUAUCAGUCUGAAAGCAGCUGGUUAGGAAAACGCUGUAAAAAAAUUAAUCACUCCACCAGUGCUCUCUCAUAUUUCAUGCCGUCCUUUAUAAAUGCUGCCCUUAGCGAAGAGGACUGUGUAGUACAAAUUUCUAUUGAUAAUAGUCGUCAUAUACUGUAUCUACUGAUGGAAAAAGGGUCAAUUGAAGUAUACGAUUUGGGUGAAAAAGGAAAUUCACUUUCCAAAAUUACUAAACAAACACAAGCAAGCUUGGUUCAGCAAGCAAUGAAUAUAGUUAAGACAUUAGACAGUCAAAAUUUUCGACCAAUUGUCAACAUAUCGGCGAUAGAAUCGUCCGAAUCGCUGUAUCUGAAUUUGGUAGCCAUAACGCAAACAGGUGUGAGAUUUUAUUUUUCUAUUGUUGGAUUAAGUAAUUUGCAACCUAAUCAGAGGCCGUACACUUUGACUUUACUGCACGUGAGAUUGCCUCCUGGUUAUUCUGCAACUAUGACCAGCAGGCCUCGCAUGGUGCAUAUGGCCAAUUGUUCAGCAGGUAACAUGCUUCUUAUUUCGUCGGUUAACGAAUCAGACGCUUUAUGGUGUGUUAGUUCUGAUAUGUUUCCCUUUACCUCGGCGUUUAUGGAAUUGCAUACCACCAUUACAUUAGAUGGACCAGCUUGGGCCAUGGCAGAAAUUAGGCAUACUCUCCCAGGAAUCAAGGUGCCCCAACCACAACGUGAAGACCCUCCUUUGGUGGUUCGUCAGCAUUUAGAACCACCAAGAAAAUAUGUAGUGUUGACUGCUCAAGGGGCCCACAUCUUUAUGAAAUUACGUCCUGUAGACGUUUUGCGACAGCUUUUGUGCGAAAAUCAAGGUCCAGAAAACGAUUCGGUUAGAGGUUUUUUUGUCAUGCAGAAGGAAGAUCAGGCUUGUGCAACCAGUUUAAUUUUGGCUUGCUCUGAUAAUGUUGAAAAUCACGAUGUAGCCGAAUGGGCAACAAGGUCAUUUUUCUUGUACGGGGGUGAACCUAGGAUUAUGUCAUCGCAAUUGAUUAACACAAACAAACCUAUGUUUUCUGGAAAUACAACGUUUCUUCCCGAAAUUAUUUCUACACCAAGACCAGCCACAAACACGCAACUUACUCAGAAUAUCUCAACCCACCCUGGAAAUGGUUUUACUUUUUCGGCAAAACAUAAUGGACUCUAUAUAUUUCUUAGUAGAAUUCUUAGGCCCGUGUGGUUUCGAAAUUGUGUGCAAAAAGUGAAUAUUUCUAAUGGGAAAUUUUACCUGUCCAGUGCUCUUCCCAUUGAAGAAUGUGUUGUUAUAAUUGGUCAUUUGUCUGCCUUGUCUACUUUUUUGCAUAAAAAUACUCAGUUGUCUGUUAUCCUUACUUCUGGUAUAUCUGAUAUGAUUAAUCAAUCAAAUUUGACGAAAACUCCUCCAAAAGUGUCAUUUAAAGCAAAUCAAUCUACUCAAGAUCUGCAGUUAGAAGAACGGCAGUCUCUUUCGGCAUUUAAAACUUUUGUAAACCAUUCCUGUCAAGUUUUAGGCCUGUGGAAUAUAUUGUGCGAGCAUCAGUUUCACGAAUUGAUAAGUAGCCUCCCAGAAACUCAUCAACACGUUAUGCAGACUAUGUGUUUCAAGGAUUUCAUUCUCUACGCCGGGGAAAUUUAUGUCGAACUGAUCAAUAGUUUGAUUAAUAGUUACAUUGGAGAUAAUGCAUCUGUUGAUUCAAUUAGUCUUAAGUUGAGGUCUGUGUGCCCAAAUUUAUAUAGAAGUGAAGAUGCAGCUUGUACCAAGGCAAAUGAAAUAUUAAAAGGUGCAAGAACGAUCCAAAAUAAGAACGAAAUAGAGGAAAUGUUGUGUACAGCUUUAAGUAUUUGUAAGAGCGUAGCUCCAAAUAUUAAUUUACGAGAAAUUUGUCAACAAUUUGUUUCUCUUGGUGCAUACAAUGCCGUUUUGGACUUGUGCGUAGAUUGCGCAAAAAAAAUUGAUCCUGACAACAUAGGUGAACACUACUACAAAAACGGUGAACAACGAGAGCACGAAGACUAUCAUCUUUACAGUAGAAGAAUCGCAAUUUAUAAUGAAAUUAAGAAUAUGCUUGAUCAUUUGUAUUCCCAAAGUGACCAUGAUGUGCUACAUGUUACAUCACAACCAGCAAGCUCCGUGAUCCAAAGAGUAAUCGACAUGGCGAUGGAAUAUGAUGAUGAGCUUUUGCAUGUAGCGAUCUAUGAAUGGCUGGUAUCUAAAAAUCUCGUUUCCGAUCUUAUCAAAAUUACUUUGCCUUCUUUAGAGUAUUACCUUGUAAGAGCUGCUCAUCAAAAUAGUGAUAAUAUAGUGCUGCAAGAUAUAUUAUGGAAACUGUAUGAAAAUAACAAUAAUCAUGCAGCCGCUGCUAAAAUAUUAAAUAAUUUAGCAUCAAACAGAAAUAAUAGUUUAACUUUGAAAGAUCGCCUGGCUUAUUUAGCACGAGCUGUAAUGUGUAUGAGAAGCGAUAAAGUGGGUUAUGCACCACAUUUAGGAGUUUUUUUAAGGGAAUUGGAAGAUAAAUUGGAGAUAGCAAAAGUACAAGAAAAAGUACUAGAAAGCAUUACAAAUCAGCAUCAUAACAAUCCUAGUGAUGAAGAAGCAAUUGUAUCAUUAAAUUGUAAUCUGUAUGAAGUGACGCAGUUAUACGAAGAUUUUUGUGAUCCCUUCAAUUUAUGGGAAUGUAAACUAGCUAUUAUUGAAUGUUCUGGUUAUACAGAUACAUCACUAAUCGAACUGAUCUGGCACAAUAUUUUACAAAAUGAAGUAAGAAGAACUGCUGGAUUACCGUUGGACAGAAUGAAUCAUGUCUUAAACGAAGUCAAACGCCUUUACAAUCUAUACAAAAACUCGAACAUUUGUUUUCCACUGCCUUUUAUCGUUGCUCAGUUAGAAAUUAUAAGUUCAAAGCUUAAAGUGGAACCUGGUGUGGUUCCCACAACCCUGUUUUCCUACGGGGUUCCUUUGGAUACAUUGAUUAAUAUAUAUAUUUCGAACUUAAACGCUGCAUCCGCUGACCGUUUCUGGUCCAUAGAAGAAAACUAUUAUCGAUUAUGUGAAGUUUUUGGAGCCACGGUGGAUUUGUUUAUUACACAUAACGAGGAUUUCAGCAGCGUUAUAAAGAGAAAAAUAAUAUCUGUUUGUCAAGAUACAAUUUCAGGACUAUUGACUAAUUUGUAUGGUAAAACGAACACGACUCGCUUGAUAGAUAAAAUUCGACAACUUCAAACAGCGAUGUCAAGAUUAUGAACUUAAAAUGGGUAGUUUUUAUUUUAAAAGUAAUAAUAUGUUCAAUUUGUAAGAAAAAUGCAUUAAAUACA